AUGGGGCCGCCGCUCCCGCUUUUGCUGCUGUUGCUGCUCCCGCCGCCACUGCCUCGCGCUCUGCCCGCCCCCGCGUCUGCCCGCGGCCGGCAGCCCCCGGGGCGCCUGGGCUGCUUGUUUGAGGAAGGCCUGUGUGGAUCAUCGGAGGCCUGUGUGAACGAUGGCGUGUUUGGAAGAUGCCAGAAGGUUCCAGCGAUGGACACAUACCGAUAUGAGGUGUCACCAGGAGCCUUGCUGCACCUGAGGGUCACCUUACAGAAGCUCUCCCAGACAGGUUUCACAUGGCAAGAUGACUAUACCCAGCAUGUGAUGGCCCAGGAGCUUGCAAACCUCCCCAAGGCCUACUCAUGGCAUGGGGAAGCUUCCAGCCCAGCCAGGACCUUACAACAGAACGCUGAUAACGAAAAGUGGUUCAGCCUGGAGAACGAAGUGGCCCUGGCCAAGACCCUUCGGCGCUAUCUGCCCUACUUGGGGCUUCUGUCCCAGGCCCCAACCGCGAAUGCCCAACCCAGGAUAGAACAUGAGACACGUCCAGCCAAGGGUGAGGACUCUUUCCCAGAGAACAUCCUGACCUAUGUGGCUCACACGUCUGCACUGACCUAUCCUCCUGCAGCUCGGGUCAAGUAUCCUGACAACCUUCUGUGGCCCCUUAACCGGCUCCAGCCAGAUGAGCUCAGCCCUAAGGUAGAUAGUGAUGUGGACAAACAGCAGCUGAUUGCUGCACUCAGUGCCAGCACUGCUCAGAGGCCUCCCGGAGAAAAUGACCCAGGGCCACAGUACCUUCUACAUAGUCCCGUGAGAGCAUCAAAGUCCUUCUCCGCACCUGCUGCUUCUCAGAGAUGGCCUUUACCUCCAGGAGACGCCAAAGACUCCCUGAGCAUAGGAGACGACACACUCCUGCGGCGUCUCCUGAAGGAUCUGCAGCAGCAAGCUGAAGUGGACCGCCUGGGGCCCCUGAAGUUGGAGGAGUUGGCAGAUUCAAUUGCUGGAGCCACACAAGGCGAUCCUUCCGAGGGAAGCCAAGAUGGCCAUGGGAGAGAGGCCGAGGGACAGCUGAGAGAGCAGACAGAUGCCCCAGAAGCGGUGCUUCAAGAUCACAGACUAUCAGAGGUGGAUGACCCAGUGUACAAGAAGGUCAGCCGUCUGAGUGUCCAGCUUGGGGACCUCCUGAAAGACCGUGGGUCACCUCUAUUACCUGAAGCUCCCCUUCUGGAAAAGUCCUCCAGAGCAGAGAUCAAGAAGUCAGAGCAGCCUGAGGAGGUCUUGUCUUCAGAAGAAGAGACUGCCGGGGUAGAACAUGUGAGGAGCCGGACUUACUCCAAAGACUUAUUGGAGAAGAAGCCAUACUCAGAGCCCCAGUCCCAGAGGCUUGAUGACCAAUUCCAAAACCGAGCCCCAGAGGUGUGGGAGGAGGAGCCAACCCUCCAGUCAGCAGCACAGGGACCCCCUCGUGGAGGCCUACAGCUGGAAGUGCAGCCUUCUGAGGAGGAACAGCUGGGAUACAUCGUCACAGGAAACAACCCCCUAAGUCCAGAGAAGGGGAAGCAGUUGAUGGAUGAAGUGGCCCACAUCGUCCGGGCGCCUUCCAGCAUCUUUGCGGAUGUCAGAGUUUUGGGGCCAGCAGUGACCUUCAAAGUGAGUGCCAACAUCCAAAACAUGACAACUGCAGAUGUCAUCAAGGCCACAGUUGACAACAAAGACCAGCUGGAGAAGACAUCUGGAUUGACAAUCCUUCAAAGCGGAAUCGGGCCGAAAGGCAAGCUCAAGCUCCUGCCUCAUCAGGAAGAGCAGGAAGACUCUACCAAGUUCAUCGUGCUCACCUUUCUAUCCAUCGCCUGCAUCCUGGCAGUUCUCCUGGCUUCCAGCCUUGCCUAUUGCCUCCGCCACAACUCCCACUACAAGCUGAAGGAGAAGUUGUCCGGACUAGGGGGUGACCCCAGUGCAGAUGCCACUGAAGCCUACCAGGAGCUAUGCCGCCAGCGUAUGUCUGUCCGGCCACAGGAUCGCCCGGAGGGACCACACACAUCACGCAUCAACAGUGUCUCUUCCCAGUUCAGUGAUGGGCCAAUGCCUAGUCCUUCGGCUCGGAGCAGCACUUCAUCCUGGUCUGAGGAGCCUGUCCAGUCUAACAUGGACAUCUCUACUGGCCACAUGAUCCUGGCCUACAUGGAAGACCAUUUGAAGAACAAGAACAGGCUGGAGAAGGAGUGGGAGGCACUGUGCGCCUACCAAGCAGAGCCCAACGCCUCGCUUGUGGCCCAGAGAGAGGAGAACGCAUCCAAGAACCGUUCCCUGGCUGUGCUGACCUAUGACCACUCCAGGAUCCUGCUGAAGUCUCAGAACAGCCAUAGCAAUUCAGACUACAUCAAUGCCAGCCCCAUCAUGGACCAUGACCCCCGAAACCCCGCAUACAUUGCCACCCAGGGCCCACUUCCCGCUACCGUGGCCGACUUCUGGCAGAUGGUGUGGGAGAGCGGCUGCGCAGUCAUUGUCAUGCUGACACCCCUCUCGGAGAAUGGCGUCCGGCAGUGCCACCACUACUGGCCUGACGAAGGCUCCAACCUCUACCACGUCUACGAGGUCAAUCUGGUCUCUGAGCACAUCUGGUGCCAGGACUUCCUGGUGAGGAGCUUUUACCUGAAGAACCUGCAGACCAAUGAGACACGCACGGUGACCCAAUUCCACUUCCUGAGUUGGUAUGACCAGGGAGUCCCUUCCUCCACGAGGUCACUCCUGGACUUCCGCAGAAAAGUAAACAAGUGCUACCGAGGCCGCUCUUGUCCAAUAAUUGUUCAUUGCAGUGACGGCGCGGGCAGGAGUGGAACCUACGUCCUGAUUGACAUGGUUCUCAAUAAGAUGGCCAAAGGUGCUAAAGAGAUUGAUAUCGCAGCGACCCUGGAGCACUUGAGGGACCAGAGACCAGGCAUGGUCCAGACAAAGGAGCAGUUUGAGUUUGCACUGACAGCCGUGGCCGAGGAGGUGAAUGCCAUCCUGAAGGCCCUUCCCCAGUAGGCACGGAAGCUGGAGCUGGCGGGACCCCACCACGAAGUCUUCUAGGACCACAACCGGAUGUCGUUUCUGCAGCUUCUGGUAGUAACGGGGUCCUUCAGGCUCCAUAGUCGGUGCAGGUGGCUAGUUAGGUGCACUUUUGUUUAACUUAAUAGCAGAUGUGUGGAAACACCCAGUUAAGAGGGAGGGAAAGACUCGGCUCGUUUGUAUCAAGGUCUUGACAAAAGUUCCUUUUCCCUAAAGCACACUUUCACAUUGUUGUAUCAAUGACACAGUCAUUAGAAAUCCACCGUGGCCUCCGUGGGAGUGCGCUUACAUCUGUAAGUGGCUGGAGAAGGGGUGGAUGGGCCAGCACAGCCAGCAAGACACCUAUUGGGAACCACCAGGUGGAGAAACACACUUGACAUUUGCCUGUAAGACAAUCUCACCAUCAGGAGAAAUCUCUGGGAAAGAGAUCAGUGUCCUACAUCCCUGGGGCGUGUGGCAAGGGUGUCAUCACAUCAUUCUACCCAUUCCUCCUGAUGCACCCCCAGCACAGUGAUUGAUCAUGUCCACCCCAUGUGGAUCCUAAGGGCAGGCACCUUUUCCCUCCUGGAGUAUGGUCGCUGUAUCUGCUUCAAAAGCAGGGACCCAGGUGAUAGCUCACUCUUGCACCCUUGUACCCUUGCACAGUUAUAGAAGAGCCCAGCCCUGAAGUGCAUUUUUAAUAUUAAGAUUCUUGUUUCUGCAUUACAAGAACAGGUGCCCAUGGUACGCUUUCCUCGAAGUGACAAAACCAGAUUGAGUAUGGUAUUUAGCAAGCCCUGGGGGUCCCCGGGAGUAAAUGCUCCCCAUCCUGCCUCACCCAGGAAGCACCCCAAUGUUACAGGCAUCAGAAAAUGUCUUUGAUGCUCCUACUCCUGGAAAAAAGGCUGGGAAGCCCCUUUGGCUCUGCUUCCUCCCACCUCCUAGAUGACUUAAUGAAAUGCCUGCUCACUGGAUGAUCCAAAUUGCCAAAGCGUUUGAGCAUUGUACUUACCGCCUCCCCACACAGAGGAAAGAAGCCACUUCAGGAAGUGCAAGUGCCCAGAGUGCCAGGCGCUAGUGCCCAGAGAGGUAGAGCACAUUGCUGUGAGCCCCAGUACGUAGGGUUGAGUAUGAAAGAUGCCCAUCUCCUGUGUCCCCACUGCUUCGUACCCCUCAGCCUUGACAUUUCAAGUUGCAACGUGGCAGGGGAAGUGGGCUGCCUAGCAGGACACGAUGCCACCGUGCUGUCAUGACUCUAUUGUGUUGUAUCCCUGCCUAACAUCUCCGACACUUCUCUCCCAAGUCAUUUCCCCCUACCUGGAAUUUAAAUAAUAAUCAAUAGAAAUGAAUUUAUCUGAAUAUAGGAAGCAUAUACCUAAUCGUAACUUCUUAUGUUUAAAGGAAAUC